AUGUUUUCUUCAUGCUGGGACAGAGUUAUUUCAUGCUGCUGUUGUAAUGGCUUCAAGCAGGCUAAGCAGGACCACCACCAGGACAUCAAAGAGAUCACCAUUAUUGAGAACCCAGCGGUUAAGAAAGUAGAAUCAGAAGUGGACUUUUCUGUAAACAGUAAUCUAACAUCAGCCAAAGCGGUUGUACGGCCAGAUGGGGAGCGUUUUAUCGCCUUGUUCGACUACACGGCCCGUACUAAGGACGAUCUGACCUUUAACACCAGGGAUAUUCUGGAGGUUCUGGACUCCAGCACGGGGGAGUGGUGGAUGGCCAGAGCCAUCACUGGGAUCUCUGCCGGUAAAAGCGGGUACAUUCCAGCUAACUAUGUGGCCCUUAAGGAGAGCAUUGAUGCUGAACCAUGGUAUUACAGAGACACCAAACGGCUGGAUGCAGAGAGGCUGCUGCUGGCAGAGGAAAAUAGGCAAGGUGCAUUUCUCCUUAGAACAUCAAAAUCUCUGAGAGGAGCCCUUUCUCUAUCAGUUUUGCACCAAGGAAAGGUGAAACAUUACCAGCUGGAGAAACUGGAUAAUGGUUACUACUGCGUGUCUAAGAACAAGUCCUUCCCAACACUGAAGGAGUUUGUGGAAUAUUACUCCAGACAGUCUGAUGGGCUGUGCGGGUGCCUGGGCGACCCAUGCAGAAAGACAGAGGCUCCGCAGACCUACAGUCUGUCCUACAACACAGUGGAUCAGUGGGAGAUUGAUCGCAGUUCUAUCAAACUCCUGAACAAGCUCGGAAGCGGACAGUUUGGAGAAGUCUUUGAGGGGGUGUGGAACGACACCACGUCAGUUGCUGUGAAGAUCCUCGAAACUGGUGUUUUGGACCGUGCAGAAAUCCUGGCAGAGGCUCAGUUGAUGAAGAAGCUGCGACACCCUAAGCUGAUCCAGCUGUACGCUGUGUGCACCUUAGAGGAACCCAUCUACAUCAUCACGGAGCUGAUGAAGAAUGGUAACCUGCUUGAGAACCUUAGAAAGGACAAAGGUGCCACUCUUCAUAUCUGGGACCGCAUUGAAAUGGCCGCCCAGGUGGCAGCAGGCAUGGCUUACUUGGAGCAACACAACUAUAUCCACAGAGACCUGGCUGCCAGGAACGUACUGGUGGGAGAAAACAACGUCUGCAAAGUGGCUAAUUUUGGCCUGGCAAGAGUUUUAAUGAGAGAAAAUGAAAACGUAUACAACGCAAGGGAAGGAAGUAAAUAUCCUAUAAAGUGGACUGCUCCAGAAGCUAUAAAUUACAACAAGUUCACCAUCAAAUCGGAUGUUUGGUCCUUUGGAAUCUUGCUGUAUGAGAUCAUGACAUUUGGCGAGUUGCCUUACCCAGGUUUGACGAACACAGAAACAGUGGAGUGGCUUGCCAAAGGUAACCGGAUGUCCUGUCCCCCCAAAUGCCCGACACCACUGCACAACAUUAUGAUGGACUGUUGGAAGGAAAAGGAACAGGAACGUCCCACAUUUCAGACUCUGCAGUGGCAAUUGGAGGAUAUGUUUGAAAUGGAUAUGAACUCCUAUGAUGACUAUUAG